AUGGGUAAGAAAGGCUACUAUGCCGUUGCAAAUGGCAGAAACGUUGGUGUUUUCGAUUCAUGGUCUGAAUGUCAAGAAUCAGUAAACGGUUACUCGAACGCGAAGUUUAAACGAUUCGAUACGCCAGCGGAAGCUAGAGCAUUUGCCAACAGCAGCAGUAGCUCAGGACACUCAUUCCCAUCUACAUCGUCCAAAUCCUACAGGUCGUAUUCUGGAUCCAGUUCAGGGUCCAGUUACGGGCACUACGGAGGCCAUCAGCAAUCUACUUACAACCAAGCACCCUACAACAGUCACAGCUCCUAUAGUAAUUACCACUCAAAAGCAGCAGCAGCAGCGGCAGCGCCACCACCACCACCUUCAUCUUCCUCAUUCUAUGCGGUGAGAAGUAGUGACAGCUCAGUACCAAACAAAGUGUUUACCAACUGGGCCGAUUGCAAAAGCUACGUCGAAGGCCGUAGAAACCUUUCCUACAGGAAAUUUGACACUCCUUCUAAGGCAGACGAUUUCAUACAAGGACGUGCCUCUAACGAAACGAUAUAUUCGCAUCUCAAUACUACGGCGUCCCAAUUCUCACAAGCUCACAAAAUCACACCUGAACGCCGUUCCCAAGUCCGUGUCCCAGCAGCACCAUGCAACGUUUACUGCGAUGGAUCCUCUUUCAACAAUGGAUUUGAGGGUGCAAGAGCCGGGUACGGUAUAUAUUUCGAGGGCGAGGAUAGAAGAAUCGCAAGACCAUUGACGAAUGGUAACCAAACCAACAACAGAGCUGAAAUCUCUGCUGUAUCUGAUGCUCUCUCUGACAUUUGGGACAAUUUAAAAGAGGGCAAAAAACUGAACAAAUAUGUGAUUCAUACCGACAGCGAAUAUGUCUCCAAAAUGCUUAACGAUUAUGCGAACCAUGUGGACCCACAACAACUACAAAAGGCCCCAAACGCAGAUCUAAUUGUACCAAUGGUCCAAAAUUACACCAAAGUUAAACAAUUCUACGAAGUGAACAAAGACGUUGUCAAAGACAACGGUCUCGAAGUGAAAUGGGUCAAGGGACACGCCGGUGUUCCAGGAAACGAGAUUGCAGAUCAACUGGCUAAAGAAGGAGCUAUGAAAAGGCAUUAG